AUGGUUAAGUUGUCGAAUAUGAAAGGGAAGUGGACUCCGCCAUCUGAUGUGUUAAACACGACACGACCCACUAAUUCCACAGCUGCACACCGAGCAGCAGUGACAAAAAGUGAUCAAACAAGAGCCUCCACACCUGCCGCUGAGACUCCCAUGCCUCCUCUGAACUCGAGUUUAUACAAGAAGUAUCCUACCUGGGAUUUUGAGGACGUUUAUAACCAGGAUGCCAAGCCCAGACAGACAGUAAGUACGUAGAAGGAAAAUAAAAGUCUUAGCAGAGUGGGUAAUUAUGGCUGCAAAUGAGCAGAGAGAUCUUCAGCUGUUUGUCUCGGGUUUGACUUGCUUGGAUUGCCUUUUUGCUUUUCUCUUAUACUUCACACCGUGGCUUAAACUUGAAACCUUAAAACCUACGCGAAAAACAAUCAGGUUUGUUUUCCCACACUCUCAGACCUGUGCCCAGUCUCUGCGAAACUCCCAGGAUGAGAGCUUCAAGAAGGCUUUCCUUCCCAACAUCCGGCUGUAUCUCCACAAAGACAACUUCAACAUGAGCGAGUGGAACCGGCUCUCACAUUUUAACAAUCCAUUUGGUUUCAUGGGUUUCCAUUAUAAAGGUAAGAGUUUGUGAGCGUCCGUUUGAGUUAAACACACACUCAAAAACAUUGUAUCUCGGUUGCAUAAGCUAGAUAAUUGAUGGGUUUUAUGAUUUUUGCUGCUCCUCCUUUUUGUUCACUUUAAUUUUGUCUUAAUUUUUUUUUUUUUUUUUUGGAGAAAAGGAUGACUUGACAGAAAAAAAAUAGAUCUACAAACUUUCACACAUGUAGAAACCUUGGCUGUUGAAUGAAGUUGCUCCAAGUGUUAAACCCAAAUAAAAUGGUUUGCUGAAAAAAUCUGAAUUGGCGCUUUGUUUAAUUCCUUGUUUGUUCAAGCCUCAUCCAACUCAGUGUUUUGAUAAAGGGUGUGCCUCUCUCUCUCUCUCUCUCUCUCUCUGUCUCUCUCUCUCUCUCUCUCUGUCUGUCUGUCUGUCUGUCUGUCUGUCUGUCUGUCUGUCUGUCUGUGUGAAUAUUUACUUGUUCAUAGCUUCGAUUUAUUGUGUAAGUUGGAAAUCUCUUGUGGUCAAAUGUGGUUGUAGAGUAAAGAAACACAGCAGACGACAUUCAAUGUGUACUUUUAUAUUUCCUAGAUGUUGAACAUGCUUGAUACCUAAGCUUCUUGAUUCAUCUCGAGCUCAAGUUCCGUUAAGCACGGGGUCUCUCAGGGGUCUGUGCUGGGGUUCUUGGGACAAAUUUUCAACGAUGUUACCAGAGAAAUGUUCCAGUAAACGGAUCGGUUAUACUCCAGAUUUAGGCUUGUCUGGCUGCUAUGAAAGGCUGGUCGCCUGCACACUUUGGUGAAAACAAUAAUGAUGGUGAUAGGAUGAGCAAAAAUGAGCCACCUAUACAAUUACUGUACUCUUUCAUUGUUUGACUGCGUUCUGCGCUUCAAAAACAUUGAAAAUAUCGAUUCUCUGAUUUGAUGAUGCUCUGGUUCUUAUUUAUGCUCUUGAUGGGAUUAGAUUAUUGUUGUCAGGCUUCUGUUUUUUCCUAGAUGUCAUGUUUCAGGGUGUAUUAUGUUUUAAGUAUUUUUACUUUUCUUAUUUCUUUUUAUUUGAAUCCCUGUAAAGCACUUUUUGAUUUAAUUCAUCAUUAUUUUUUAAUAUUAUUGUGUCUUCAUUUAGCAUGUUUUUGUUCCUGUUUUGGUUUGCAGAUGUGAUAGAGGCGAUUAAGUUGAUUCCAGAACCAAAAGAGCCACUAUUCCCCCCAAAGCUAGGAGGUGAUGGGUGUGUGCGAUGCGCUGUGGUGGGCACAGGGGGAAUCCUGAACGGCUCCAAAAAGGGGAAAGAAAUCGAUGAUCAUGAUUAUGUUAUCCGGUAAGUAAUGAAAAGUGAAUAAUUUCUGCUUUUCAACACUUACAUUCAAAAAUAAACAUGUUGCUCAUGCCCAGGUUGGACUGUGAAUUUUUCUAAAGGACAAGAAAGAGGAAGUCCAACACAACCUUUUUUUUUACGAUGUCAACUCUUUGUCUUUGUGUCAUCUUUGUGCUUCACAUCUGUCCCAAGGAGCAGAUAUGACGGGCCCCAUUCAUACCCUGUGUUUGCUCGGGCAGUAUAAUGCUUAGGCUAAUUAGUGGGCAAUAUUACGUUGUAAUGUUAACAGCCCGUUUUUUUUAAACUUCAUAUGUCCACAAAUGAACUGAAAAGAUACAGAAGUUUAUUUUGUGUACUCAGCUGUCGACCGCCCCAAACUAAUAUGACAGUUUGUUUAACAAGAAAAACUCUUGUACUGGGUGUGUGUAAAAAUUACAACCAUGUAUAUUCUGAAAUUAGUGCAUCUAGGUUGAAAAAGUCACAGCGGCUGUCUCCUCAGUGUACCUCCCCCAACCACAGUAGUUGGAAAUGACUUCGGCCCCAACUACACGAAUGCGGAUAUAUUUCAAAGUGCACAUAUUUAUGUCCGAUUAGGCCUCCCUACCACACCAAAACGGGAGUUUGGAACACUCAAACCGGAUAAAUCUGAAUCUGAUAAAACAAGUGGAGAAAUAAAAAAAUAUCCGUAUAAGUGGAUUCGUGUGGUUGAACUUUUACGGAACGAUGACGUCAAACCGCAGCUCGCGCAUGCGAAUUAAAAAGAAAAACAACAACAACAACAAUGGCGGACAUACAGGGUAUUCUUUACGUUUGUUUUGCCCUUUUGGGGCUAAUUUCAGCCUUGCAAGUGAACCUUGUUUUAUACAAUUACAUCCACCAGUCAGCCAGCUCACAGAGGCGUCUGCUGCACCCAAUACUUUUAUUGGAGAGCAAUCGUAACGUUAACGUUAGGCGUUUCAAAGUUUGACAGAAGUGUAAGUUUUGGGUCAAACCCGGUCGGACCAGCAAGUGGUGGGACAACUUUGUUAGAGGGGCUGUGCCUGCAGAUGAAUGGAAGCUAAACUUCAGAUUCAUCGGCCAAUCAGGUAGCUUUGUUCCUGAAUUUUUUUUUAAGUGGAACCAGAUAGGAUUGAGUUUGAAGCCUACGUGUGGACGCAGAUAUUUUUGAGAACUAACACGUGUGGACAGAUACAUUUAUUUAGACAGGAGUACAAAAAUAUCCGGAUAAAUAAAUAUCUAUAUACAUGUAGUCCGGGCCUUAGUAGAUUAUAUCAGUCUUCUUAAAUUACCAAUCCAAAUCUCCUCACAGGAGCUUUAAUAACUCUUUAUUUCUGUGCAAGUCACCCCAGUUCCCCCAAAAUUGGUGCACUGUGUAAAAUUUUCAUUAAAACGGAAUUUAAAAUCAUUAAUUCGGCUAAAAAUUAAUAAAAAAUAUCAGAUGCUGGUAAAAAAAAAAAAACAGUUUUAUGAAAAUAUACCCCCAUUUUAAAUAUAAUGUCCCAUUCCAAGUGUGUCAAUGAGGAAUCACUCGAGGUUCUGGUUUUAUUUGUAGAUUAUUUCUUGUCUUUGGAAUCAGCCCGUACUCACCUGUUGCCGGUUUACUACCUGCACCCUUCUACUACAGAGCCACGCUGUUGUAAUAUCUGCACAGUGAGGUCCAACCUGCUGAAAUUAACCAGGAAGUUGGAAGAAAUUCAUUUAACUGAUACAGUGAUUUUCACUGCAGUCAUGUCUGUUCCAAUGCCGUGCCUCCUGAUAGUCAAACGAUCUCAGCCAUCCGGUUGGUUUUCCGCAUUUUGUUCUGAGAUUUCUCCUGUUCCUCUGAAUUUUUCAACAUGAGCCAUGAGAGAUGAAAUCCCCCAGACCUGAAUUGUUCUGUCAACAGCACAGCCACGUCUAGAGAAAUCUUAAAACAAGUUGUUGGAAUUGUGGCUCCUUAUUACUGUGGAAAACUUGGGCUGGAUGUUUUUUUAUAUCCUUUUAAAUCUUGUCAACCCCGGGUCACUGUGUCGUAUUUUAAUGUCUUUGCACAUCCGUCUCAGGGCAUGGUCAUGAGGACAUUUAUCUCCUGUGUUUGCUCAGGUAAUAUUAGGCUUUGGUGGGGUGGCCAUAAACACAUGGCUUGUGGCCAAUAAGAUAAACUACUAGUAUUUAGAAACUAGUGAACAGACAUGGACUGGAAGACAUGUUUCUUUAAACGACUCUUUGUUAUUUUAGGCAUCAUGAAUGUGUUCUUUGCUGCCCAGACAACUUUAAACUUCUCCAUCAAACUAAGAUAAACAAGAAAGCUUUAAGAGUUACUUAAGAUAGCUUGAGGCUCCUUUUGUAAGGCUUUAAGUUGUCAAAAAACUAUCACUGAAAAUUUUAAAUGAAUGUACCAAGAUUUCUUCCAUUUUAAUGCAAUAGGAAAAAGCAUGAGUUAGUACUUUGACCCUAACCGUUGAUUACUAGAUAAUGCCAAUAAACAAAGUUCAAAUCCAAUCAAGGCUUAGUUGAUAUCGAGUAGGUGUCCUUUAUUUUAUAAGCCUGCCAAAAAAGAUAUUUUCGGUGUGCCUUUGUCCUGUUUUUAUUAUUUUAUUUUUUUAUGCCUUACGGACCUGACCUUGUUUUCUGGGCAAACACCCAAACCCUUGGCUGAUGAUAGCACACUCCUGUUCCCAGUAGUAUUCAAAAGAAUUGUGGGAGAAUCAGUAUUAGCAUGAAGAAGUUAACUAUUAGGUAGGGCAGUAUGGUACUGCUUCAUAUUUCUGCCUCCUGAAGGUCACCUCCCCCCCUGACUGCACUGUCAUCUUUACUCUCCGAGAGUACAGCAGGGUAAAGGCCAAUCUCAACUGUCAAUCUUUGCCCUACUCCUCGAGUCUCCCGCUACGACAUCACGCCUCUCCAUUUGCAGUGAAUUUGUCACCCGAGUCCGACAUCAGUGUAGCUAUCAACAGCAAUAGUGUCGUUAGCGAGCUCCUCAUAACACGCAAACAGGUCAAAACAUUGCUAAUAUUUACGUGGCGUAGCAAACGUUGAAUAUCUGAUAAUGAAAAUUUGGUCCUGGUUUGUCUACGUUUCAAGGGGUGUGAACUAUAGACUGUAUAUAGAAUGGACGCUGAAGCCACUGUGAGAACAGCACCCUCUGGUGACUUGCUGUGGAAUAGGUCAUAAACCCUUCCUCCUCCAGCAAUCCCUAUGGAGUUGUAGACAAACUUAAGAAAUUAAUUACACAGAAUAUACAUUUUUUUUCAACCCUCUUGUUUGCGAUGUUGACAUGUAGUUACUGACGAUGCUACAGCGCAGGUGGUGGUUCCAGAAAGUGGAGAAAAUCCUGGAAAUACCAAAAGCGAUUUGGCUUCAAAUUUGUAUACUGAAGAAAGGCAGAGCCAAGUUGUCCAUAGUGUAAACAGUCUAUGGUGUGUACCCCAUGCUCUUCCCCUUCCCCUCACGGAGAACUGGGACACUUCUUUGCUUGACGUGGACGUGCAAAACCGAGGGCUAAUGGGUAAGAGAAGGGCUAAGGGGUACAAUUGGGAUUGGCCCUGAACCACUCAGAAAAUCUCUAGUGGAAGCUGAUGAUACUUUAAAUGUUGAUCUUGAGGGGAAACUCUUACAGUUGAAUGUGUUUCUGUUUCAGGAUGAACGGCGCGCUCAUUAAGAAUCAUGAGGAGGAUGUAGGAAACAGAACUUCUGUGUAUGUUCACACAGCUCACUCCAUCACCACAUCGAGGUAUUUACUGCGGAAGUACGGAUAUACAAAUGCCCCUGCUGACGAGGUAUCCAAACUUUGAUGAAAACAGCAAAAUACUUAAAUUGUCUUAACUCCUGCACUCAUCCUUCAUCAUUUUGCUUUGGCAGGGAAUAAAAUACGUGAUGAUUCCUGAGGGGAUGAGGGAUUUUCAAUGGCUCAUCGGUCUUCUUAAAAGAGAGAGGGUUGCUGCUGGACAGUAUCGUAACAAUAGGUGAGCAUCACACAUCAAAACAUGCUUCGUGUCUCUCAUGUUGGGGACUUAUUAGAUUGGGCUUUAAAGUUGUCACCAUGGUUAUAGAAAUGUCAUAACGUUGCACUUUCUUCAGGUAGAAAACACACGUACUUACAAUAAGGUAGGGAAUGACGAAGAACCAGGACCACUCCCAACAACAUGCUUGUCACAUAGUAACUGCUUCAGGACACUUAAGACCCAGCUUAAGUCUGCAAACACUCCCACUCACAUGUCUCUCCCCUGGGACAGGACUGCACCCGUCCUUGCAACACUAAAUGAACACAUAAAACAGUGGAUUUUCUGCUUUAACUCAGUCUGCAGGGAUUAUUGUUUUCAUUCUGAUGAUAGGAGCUGAUGAACUAGUCUUUCAUCAUAGCAAUGAGACAUAAGUAAUGAACUCUCACACUGCCACUCUUUGUGAGCAUGAAGUGAUUUAAACCCCCUCUUUGAAAUACUUCAAGUAAAACAACAUUAACUUUUUAAAGACGGUUAAUCUGUUCUCCUCCUCCAAUAAUAUUUGCCAUUAUAUUCAACCUCAAAUAUCAGACUAUCAAAGGACUUUUAGUUUGUUUUUACCAAAUGCACCUCACAUAUCCAGAGUUUUUACUUUCUUCUUACAAAAUAUAUGCAACAACAAGAUAUGAAUGUCUCAUUUCUAAAAUUAGUUUAAAGACGUCUCUUGAUUUUUGUUUGAACCCUCCAGGCCAUGGACAUACUACAGUAACCAAUUCAACGAAAGCCACUUUUACGUUCUGCACCAGGACUUCCUCAGAUACGUGCGAAACAGGUUAAGUUCUUGAUCAUUUUCACGCUUAACUUUAUUUAUGGUAAACAAAACUAAUCAGGUACCCUACAUUAAAUGCAUAAUUUUCUGUGUGUUUAAUGCCCACAGAUUUUUAAAGUCUCCUAAUCUGAACAAGGGUUUCUGGAGGAUAGUCAGACCAACCAACGGGGCUUUUGCUCUCUUCGUGGCUCUACAUACAUGUGACAUCGUAAGUUUUCGCGAAUUUCUAAUUUCUUUUUACUCCUGUCAAACUUUUAAUUGCUGUUUUUUUUAAGGCCACUUUUAGACGGAAACGGUCUCCUUAGAAAACGGAAAAAUUUAGUUUCGUUUAGGGGCGUCCGUUUAGACGGCAGCUGCGUUUUCAGGAGAUGAAAACUUAACAAAGUGAAAACCCCCUCCAGAGUGGGAAUGUUGUAAACGCUCUGCUAAUCCCGCUUUCGUCUAAAGUUCAAAACCGCUGAAAACAGUCAAACCUGUGACAUCCUGGCUCAACCAUGCUAGACAUUCGAGUCGCGCUGUCGUUAUUAUUGAACGGGCAGGAGCUCAGAAUCCUCACGGAUCAUACUGCUCAGCAGAGGAGGCGUCUGAAUUAUUUGCAUCAAAUAAGUUGUUCUACGUAUGCGUUGCUGGUCUAUAUGGGAGCGCGGUCACACCGACAUGCGCCACCUAGCGACCUGGCAUGCACAUUACAGCGUUUUCAACCACAUUGCGUUUUUGAGUAAACACAGCAUAAAAACGGAAAACGAAACGGCACUUUUCCGUUUUCUUUGGAGACCGUUUCCGUCUAAAAGUGGCCUAAGUGUCAGAUGAAAUGUUCGAUCUGUUUUUUGUCACCCCCAGGUGUCAGCAUACGGGUUCAUGACUGACGACUACAACAAGUACAACAACUACUACUAUGAAACCGACAAAAAAACACGUGUCAUUUUCUAUAGCAACCAUGACUACAACUUGGAGAAGGAUACCUGGAAAAACUUGCACAACACCAAAAUAAUGAAGCUUUAUCAAAAUCAGUGACAGAGACAAAAAGAAGCUCUAAUACUUUUACGAUGGAAAGUCGGUCUCUGUGGGACGUUUGGUUUCUGAGCUCUUGUGCGUGAUGUCACUUGACCCACCUACCCUCACCUGGAUGGCAAAAGAUACAACAAUGAUUAUCUCUUAACAAACAGUUAGACAGUUGUACCUUAUGAUAUGGCUGCUGAUGGCAUAUAUAUUGAUAUAUUUAUAGAUAUUUUACAAUUCUACCUUCAGUUUACUAAGAACUAAAAACUCAGGAGUGCCUCUGUUUGACUUUACAUAAGAAGUGUCCACAAAGGUCUUUGAAAUGAAGAGGUCCUCUGUUCUUUGGAACAAGCUCUGUUUUAAUCGUUUGUGCCUUAUAAAUCUAAAUAAGUGUAUUCCCCUUUCACUGUGUGACUUUGAAUUAUGGAUUUUUAACAUACUUUGGGGAUUUUUCAGGAUGUAGGAGCAUUUAAGCUGCAGCUAUGCGCCUGAGUAUUACAACAAAAACAAAAAGUGCAACUCAAGUUUGAUUAUGUGAGGGUCAUCUGUUUACAUUUGUGAUUUUUUUCUAUAUUUUGGUGUCAUUUUCUUUUGUAUUUAUCAUGUUAUGUAACCCCACUGAUGGAAAUGAAAAACUCAGUAUUUUUAAAUUCACUGGCAUUUGGUACUGUUAAAUAAAAAAGCUCUACUAACUGCAACUCUUGUGUAACCCAGGUCAUAGAAAAUGACUGGAUUAAUAUCAUGAAGAAAAAGACUUAAAGGGUAAGAAGGAUGAAAAGAUAUUAAAAUAUGUUGUGGUGUAAUUAUUUUUUUGUAAUUUUGUUUUUGUAAUUAAAUCGUGACACAAUCAAAUGCCAUGAUACCGCAGUUUUAUCAAGUCAUGUCUAAAUCUUGCGUGAGUGCGAGCAGCCAACGGUAGAAGAUGAGUAAGUCUGAAACGCUGACUGGAAAGGAUAACGCAGCACAAUUUUUCACAUUAAGUUAGUAAAAACUGAACAAAACUGCUGAAACUGCCGUUUAAACAACCGGAACUAGGAGGACUGAUAAAACCCGGACACGAAUAACAUCAGACUGUAUGGAGCGCGAAUUGGUGAGUAAUAUUACCCACCUGUUAAUCAUCAUCGCUGAUUGAUGGCAUUGCGUGUUUUAAGGUAAAGUGUCUUUUGUUAAGUCUGAAACCUAGUUCUGACCUUGUUAUCCAGGACAGGUUUUUCCCACCGGAUUUUGACCCUUGAUGGCGAGCUAAACCAGAAUUCACCCAAAGAUAUUUAAGAAAGGCUAGAUGACCUGAGAUGGAGUCACCGGCGUCCCUACAUGGCGGCCAUCUUACUCCAGUGUACCAAUCUGGUACGCUCUAUGGUAGUUACCGGGAGGUGAGUAAUCUGCAUGAUCAAAAAUACUCGCUGAAAUCUUGACAGAUUUACAAACAGUUUUGUUUAUUAAAGAAUUUAAUAACGUGACUAUGAGUCGGGAUGCUUGGACAUAUUGAAAUGGCAGAUUUUCUUUAAGAAAAAAAAAGACGAACAGUUGUUUCACAGCUAUUUGCGAGCAAAGGCUAACUUUUGAGUCACUUGCGUGAGUUGUCAAGGCCGAGACCACAAUCGAGAUUUUAAUUUUUUUGUCCUACAGCCUAUUUCUUAUUUAUUAAGUCUAAAGGUCCUUACACGCCGGCGUUGACACGAAUAUAGAACGCUAAAUUAAGAAAUAGUCAGAGGCGAAUUUUGACGCGCCUGACUGUACACAUCAAGCCUGAUGCUAUUUUGCGACUUUCCUCGGGGAAAAAGACGCAUCACGGGAAAGCUUGAAACGUCCUUACACGCUCAAGCCAAACGGUCAGCACUUAUAGCCAAUCAGAGGCGCAGGAGGGCGGGACCUUCCCUUGCCAUCCGUCAGCGUCCCAGGUGGAAGCGAGAAGACAAAAAUGGAAUCUUCUACUUCAACGUCACGUGAUGGCAAAUUGGUACUGCUUUUGCUUUCUCAAAAGAAAAAGAAACGUAGCACAUGGGUGCAUCUAAUAGUAAAAAAAAAGAAGAGAACUUGCUGAGUUUCACUGCUUCGUUCAGGAGCUGGAACUGCACCACUGUCGCUUCAGAACCUAUUUUCGGAUGUCCGUUGGACAAUUUGAAGUCCUGCUGAAACAAUUGGCUCCAAGUUUGAAGAAGCAGAAGACUACACACUAGUGUUGAGAUGGCUUUCUGUCAUUCUGACGUUUAGCAAACUGUUAAAGCCCACAAACCAUCGUCAUAUGAGAAAUCUGACGCUAUGACUCACCGCAAGUUGUUCUUCAGGUCGUUGUCUUUGUAAUGUUUGUGUAAACGAUCAUAACCAACCAGCUGGCGGCACUAUUACACUCAAAAAGCUGAUACUGAGAGGGAGGGAGGGAGGGAUAGUCUCCUGCUCCUCAUUUGUAAAGUACAAACUGCUCAGACGCUCCAGACUGGUCCAUGUUCUCGAUGGGUCAGAUGCGACGGGCUCCACCUUACAUGCGUGGAACUUGCUUCGUAGAACAGGCCCCCGGUCUUGUUGUGUCUCAGACCUUGCUUUGCUUUUUGCCUCAUCUCUUUUGGAUACCUCUGCUGAAUCUGACUGCCUUCCCAUGUACCGACUCCUGCUUGUUUCAAUCAAAUAUUUUACCCGCAUUGACCUCCCUUCGGUGUUUGCAUUUGUUUCCACACAUUCUGAAUCCUGUUUCAUGACAUGGAGACUAUCAGAGGCUUUUCAACACAUCCUAAUUUAGUUCUGGUGAGGUUUUAAUUACAAAUAUCAGGUGUGUCCCCACCUUGUGUGUCUAUUUUAUUCAGUUUUAUGGGGACUGUUUUGUGACAAUUAAUCUAUACAAUUAAGCUUUUGCUUAAAGUAAUUGACAGAAAAAUAUUAAAAUAAAUUAGAUCCAUAAUUAGACAACUUGAUGUCCUUUAAAAACUCACCUCUUCAGUAUUUUCUUGAGCUUAAACACAAAAUCUGACUCCUAAGUUUCCUUAUCUAACCUAACUAGCACUGAUGUCAUCAACUGAGAAGUGGGGUUGACUCUAAAUGAAGACAUUUACAUGAGGAUAGAAUCAUUGUUUGAUGUUACGCAAUUAACAGGAUGUUAAACCACACCAGAGGCUGUUCUAUUUAUACAAAGCAUUUAAUAGCUAAUCUGCUCAGUUCACACCGUCUCAUGUACCGGCCCUAAAAGUCAACUGUAAUGUAAGUCCCUCAAAUUAAAGGCAGGUCAGUUUGCCAUGCUGUUGUAACACGUGCAGAGCGUGUUCUUGCAUCGUCUCAUUGAAAUCAGCAAGGGCGUCCCUGAAAAAGACGUGGUCUGGAUGGCAGCACGUGUUGCUCCUAAACCUUUAUGUACCAUAGACUGUAUGUAUCAUGGACAACUUUGCUCCGCCUUCCGUCACUAUGCGAUGCUCUUGCUCGCCCAUAGGCUAAAUCGAGUGUCAAUCAUACAAAACAUGAACCCCUAAUAACUUUUAAAAAUGGAGCUGUACAGGAAAAAGAGGACUUGAGCACAAACCAGUCUUACAAUCACUUAAUGUCAAUAUCGCAACCAGGGAGGAGAACAAUUUGUAGUCUGUGUAAUUAAUUUCUCAAAUUUGUCUACAACUCCAUAAGGAUUGCUGGAGGAGGCGGGGUUUAUGACCCUUACUGCAACCAGUCACCAGGGGGUGCUGUUCUCACAGAGGUUAAUAACAUACACAGUGCUCAGUGCUCAUUUUUAAAUCACAGUUCACAAAUUAACACUUACAAAUGAACGCACAUACCAAAACCUGAUUUUCAGCACAUUUCUAUCAAAAUUUUCACAGAUUACUCAAUACAAAACUUUCACAUUACCUCAUUAAGUCUCACAACAAUGGUCAGUAUUGACAUUUACAACUUUAAAGAUGUUGGAUAAACACUGAGUUUUUGGCAGAAGCAGCAGAUCUGUAGACGCAACCCUUAGAUUUGAUGUUUUAGAAGUUUUACACUUGUGUUACUUCAUCUCUCUUUCCCCUUUUGUAUCUUUUAUACUUGAUAUAUGAGACAUGAUAUGUGAUAUGAGAUGAUACUCUCUGAUAAAAGGAGCAUAUUUGUCCACAUCUACUCAGCACAAAUUAACAUAAGCAGAAAAACCGGAAUAGUUGUUCGAGGCAGGUAUGUGGCAGGUGGUUCAACAUCCUCACAGUAUAAAAAGCAGGAGGAGAGAAAACUGCCACCACACCCUGCAUGCAACUCAGUGUCUAAGCCUCAGGUUUUCAGUGAUGGUGCACAAAAGUUUAGAGAUUCUGAAAUUUAUUUGUUUGAUCACAUGGACCAUUAUAUUUGUCGUCGUUUUAUGGGGAGUUUUCUCAGAAAAUUUGAGGUAAGUUCUUUUUAUAAUCAGAGAAUGUGCUUUUUUCAUCUAUGAUCUUUUCUAGCAUGUUUAUUUCACUUUCUGCCAGAUAAACCUCUGUGUAAGCAGAUUUAAGGGUUUUUAACCAAAGGGAAACACCCUCACACUGUUCAACUUGCAGAGAGAGGAACUUAUACAAAUUAUAGAUGUGUGAUGUUACCUCUCCGAGGGUAUUUUAACUCACAUUGUCUUGCUGUCUUGUUCAGCUGCCCUUCCUUCCCAGAAUACGAGUACAAAGAUCUAUUGAAGGCGUUGAAUGCAAGAGUCAACUUGAUAUCACAACUUGACGGGUUUAACGCAACAACAGUCGGAGUCACCUCACCUGAUGCUGAGACUCCCAUGCCUCCUCUCGACAUCAAGUCAUUCAAGAAGUAUCCUGUUUGGGAUUUUGAGGACAUCUAUAACCAGGAUGCUCCCCCCAGAAAGACAGUAAGCAUGAUGAACAAGGACUGAGUUGUUUUAAAGGGUUUAACAGUGUGGGAGUGGAUAAUCAUAGCUGCUGCUCUUUAGCACAGUGUUCAGUUGUCUUCCUUCCUGGUUGUUAAAACUUGUUCUACAGACAGUUUGCACGAAUAUUUUGGUGAUUGUCAAUCUUUAACCCCUGAGGCCUGUACUACGAAGCUGAUUUCGAUCUUAGUGAGAUAACUUCUGGAUAACUCCUGGGUUUUCUGUACUACGAGGGUGGAUAUUUUUAAAAAGAGGCUAAAGACACACCUUUUUAGUCUGGCGUUUAACUGAUUUUACUUAAUACAUAAUUUUUAGUUGUUUUAAUUUUUUAGUUCAUAGCGUUUAACUGAUUUUAUUUAAAAUAUUAUUUUAUGCGUUUUAACCUUUUAGUUCCUAGCUCCAGUGUCUCCUCAUGCAUUCUUCCUCACCGGGACCCUCGGUACAAAAGCCAUGACGAAAUGCAAAACAAAACAACCAAGCACUGUCCUGUGUGUGUAUGUUUGUGUGUGGGUAGGUGGGUGGGUGUUUGUGUCUAAGUGAUCGUGUAUCUGUGUGUGGGCCUGGGAGGGAGGGGUUUUUAUUCUUAUUUUUAUCUUAUCAUUCUGUAAAGCACUUUGUGCUACUCCCAUGUAUGAAAAGUGCUAUACAAAUAUAAUAAAUUUGAAUUUGAAUUUGAAUUUCCUUUUACCUGGGUCUGUUGCCCCGGUAACUUACAAACGCCAAACCUGCUCCAGAGCAGGUUAUGUUUCAGGAUAAGAUCUCAGCGGGUAUAAAAGACCGCCCACUGACCAAUCAGAUCUCUUGGGGAAAAUGGCUUGCACACUUUUGCAGAAUCCCGUGGACGUCGGUGCACGAAUAGUGAGACGAUAUAUUCAUGAUCGCUCAAAUUAAUUUGAUAUACCUGAUGACGUUCUCUAUGAGCGUUACACAUUUUCCUCAGGCAACCUCAAUAUUCAGGUAGCAUGAAGUCUAAGCAAUGCACUAAUAUUUGCCAAGCUCCAAGUUCCAGCUUCAUGUGGCAUAUCAGUCAUCAUUCAGAAUUUAUUGAAGCAGAUUAGAAAACUCCUCUUAACCCCAGCUAUAUAUCCCAUCAAAGUGUGACCAUUAGAUGAUGGAGAAAUAAUAAAAAAGCUCUUCACCAAGGCAGUGUGAGGAAACUGUUUACAUGUUGAAAUAUGUACAAUUAAAAUCUUCCAAUAAACCUACUAACCAUUUUAUAGGAUAUUUUUAUAUUUAUUUUGUAUUUGCUCCCACGUAGGCUACUCUUUUCCCCGCUGCUGUUGCAUCUGAAAUGAGGUCAGUAAUGAUGGUGAUCACACAAACUGUACGAUAAUGUAUUAGGGGACCAUACAUUCAUGAACGCACAAAUGUAAUUUACACGAUCUGCGAUUUUUUUUUUGCCAGCAGUCCCUUUGGCUUCUAGCAGCUGCAGCAGUCUUGUUAUCAUGUCACGGUUUUCCUCGUAUUUGCGUAAAAUAAUGCUCUGUUCCUCGGCUUCUCCGUUGUGGAGAUUGGUCCGGUGGCACUGACUCCCGCCCUACGUGUGCACAGACAGAUCUAGACUGGAUACAGUUAUCGAGUUGAUAUCCUGCCUCGUAGUAAAGCUGAUCGGGAUCACGGAGAUCUGGUGAAGUUAAGCGAGUUGUGGCAGAGUUAUCCUGGGUGUGUUAAUCCAGCUUCGUGGGACAGGCCUCUGGUGUCUUUCCCUCUGUUUUGAUCAUGCUACUGUCAACCCCCUUUAUUAAGUAAACCUCCCUGUGAUCUGAAUGUUUGAAGUCAUUUCAGACCAAUCUCAAAGUUCAUGUUUUUAUGACUCACUGCAGAAUAAUCUGACUCCACUCCCACUGGGUCAGAUUGGUCAAUACAGUAUUCGAUUGCUAUGCUGAUGACACUCAGCUAUAUAUCCCACUAAAGACCAGCAAUACUGAUGUCUCUAUAGUCUUUAUACCUCUCUAAAUCUGAACUAAAAACUCAUCCUUGAGCCUUUUACUGAUUGCUGUGCGACUUAAUUUUAUUUUUAACAUCUUGUUAUUAAACUUUUUGCCUCUAUUUUAAUGUCCUGCCAUAUAGCACCUUACUUUUGAAAGGCGUUAAAUCAAGUUUAUCAAUAACAUGAUUACUUACAUGGAUUUUCUGAUUACAAAUACUUCAACACUGUCUUAAUGUAGCCUAUGUAUUUUCCAGGAUUUAUGGGCUGUUUCUUCCCCUGCUUCAAAUGUCCUCUGAAUUUAAAGUUUCAGACGGAUGUACACGGUUAGAAUCAAAUCUUAAACUUUAGUUUUUGUUUCAUAAUUAAUGUUAUGUUGUUUACAUCUCAGACCUGUGCCCAGUCUCUGCGAAACUCCCAGGAUGAGAGCUUCAAGAAGGCUUUCCUUCCCAACAUUCGGCUGUAUCUCCACAAAGACAACUUCAACAUGAGCGAGUGGAACCGGCUCUCACAUUUUAACAAUCCAUUUGGUUUCAUGAGUUAUGAAUAUAAAGGUAAUAUAACCUUGUUUGUAUUAUAACCUUAACUUCAUCUUUACAGAUAUUUUCAGAAAAUUUCAUGAGACAUAAGCUGUCAAGUGCUAACAAGAUCCAUGGAGGUCAUGAAGGUUCUUGUUGUAAGUUGUUUGAUUAUUGUGUCUUCAUUUAGCAUGUUUUUGUUCCUGUUUUGGUUUGCAGAUGUGAUAGAGGCGAUUAAGUUGAUUCCAGAACCAAAAGAGCCACUAUUCCCCCCAAAGCUAGGAGGUGAUGGGUGUGUGCGAUGUGCUGUGGUGGGCACAGGGGGAAUCCUGAACGGCUCCAAAAAGGGGAAAGAAAUCGAUGAUCAUGAUUAUGUUAUCCGGUAAGUAAUGAAAAGAGAAUCAUUUCUGCUUAUUAGGGGCUAUUUUGCUGAAAAAAGGCUUCAAACCAUUUUAUUAUUUGGAUCAGUUUUUGUUGGUAUAGUGCCAGUCUGUGAGAAAUAUUAUCUCAAGACACUUUAUAAGGAAGUCGUUGCAGUUUUGUUAUUCACAAACCAUAACAAAGAACUCAUUCACAUUUGACAGCUAUCAGUGGCAACUACAUGCGGUGGAAAAACUUAUCAGAAUGUAGAAGUCAACUAUGAAGUAGGCCAGUAUGGUACUGUUUGUUUUUUUUGCCUCCCUCGGCUGCACUGUGUCAUCUUAACUCUCCUGGAAGUACAACAGAGUAAACCGCUCAGAAAAUCUCCAAUUAUAUGGAAGCAAAUUUGUAUAAUAAGUCAAAUGAAAAUAGAUGAACAGAAAUGCAAUUGCAUUUUCAGAAUGUACCUGCACUUCUUGACUCAUAAAUAAGAUUUAAAAAAAAAUAAUCCAAACUGCAAUUGCUUUUUCAAAACUGAUCAUUCUGUAACUUAUUUCAAAUGUAAAAGAAAAAUCCAUUUGAGAUUUAAUUUUCAAAAUAUGCCUCAGCAAAUAUGUUCCAACAUUCAAUUCGAAAAGUCAAAUCUGAAAAUUCAAAUGCAUUCGCAGUAUGGCUUUUUUCGUUCCAAAGUCAGAACUGCAUUUUUUGACCCAAAAAUAAAAUGAAGAAUAAAUAAUACGAACUGCAUUUUCAUUUUCUUAUGCUAAUCGUGCAUUUCGUAACACAAUUCAAAAGAGAAACUAAACGGGCCAUUACUUUUUCAUUUUUAUGUCCACGUGCAAAAAAAGUACCAAAACUCAAAUCGGCUUCGUAAUCCCAAGUGGCGCACAAAAAAAUGUCAUUAAUACUGUGUUUCCAUGGUACUGCGUUGCUUUAUUUUCGAGCUUGAUCAACAAUACAGUGGCUCUUCCUGAAACCAUUGCUCGAGCUUUAAUAAGUUUAGGUUCCCAGUUGGAGUUGCAAACUAUUUCUGAACCGGACGCCCGUGACAGAUGUGAGGAAAUACUGGAGACUUGGCUACAUAUUCUGCAAUCACUUGAAUUAAUGGUGCGUCCGAGUUACCUCGGUAGUCAGAUGUCGGAGCUGAAAAUGACGUCACACCCGAGUUCCCAGCGUUUCAGUUACCAAGUACAAAAAAAGUAAAAUCGCAGGCUUGAAACAAGCUGGCGACAUCUACGAAAUUAUUUUAGCGCUUGCCUCAUAUUCAGAAAGGCAAGUGCUAAAAUAACUUUCGUAGAUAUAACCAUCUUGUUUCCACCUCCAACUUGUUUUUUUCCGACUUGGUAACUGAAACGCUGGGAAAUCGGGUGUGACGUAAAUUUCAGCUCAGACUUCUGACUUCCAAGGUAACUCAAAUGCACCAUAAGUCAUAGCAUGUUCGAUUUUUAAAAAGGAAAAGCAAUUGCAGUUCGUAUUGUUUUUAAUUUUAAUUAUGAGUCAAGAAGUGCAGGUACAUUCUGAAAAUGCAAAUGCAUUUCUGUUAAUCUAUUUUCAUCUGAAUUAUGAUACAAAUUUGCUUCCAUACAAUUGAGGCUGAUGACGCUUAGAACGUUGAUCUUGGGGGAAGCGCUUAAUGUUGCUUUCUUCAACGAACCUUUAUCACGUGACGAAAACGAGACAAAACGUAAAUGGUGGCCUUGUGACGAUAACUAUCACAGACAUAAUAAAAGAUAGACCCCACAUCGGCCGCUACCACGAAUGGGCGCUGUCGAGAAAUGCGGCCGCCAUCUUGGUCCGGUCAUCCGCCUCACUCUGCACCGCUGUUUAACCGGCGGAAUGAAGUCUGAGCGCAUAAAAUGAAUCAUAGUUCGCUCAAUACUACGUAAUUUUCUUCUCUGCAAACGCCAUUCAAAGAGGCAUGAUAGAGGCCUUUUUUUUUUGGUGUUUUCAAAUACUCAGAAUGAAUAAAAUGAUAUUUUAGAACAUGGCAGCAGUGGCUGUAUUAUAGUAUAACAAUUAAUCAAGGAUAUAUCUAGGUUUAGAGCUAGGUUCCUGCUAUGUCUCAAUAAUUUAAUAACUGGCGGUUUUAAUAGGCCAAUUCAAUAUAUAUUGAUUUGAUUAUAUUUUAUUUAGUUUAAUUUUAUUUAUCCAUUUGUAGACACACACAAAUAAUGUCAUAUAGAAGCACUAUUUUAAUAACUGGAAAAUACACACAAAGAAAUACACACAAAUAUAUAGUCUACAUAUAAAAAAGAUUUAAACACAAGAACAGCAUGACAGGACAGCGUCUAAACUACAUAUCAAUUUGCUUGUUGCCUACACAGCACAGAGGAAUCACUUGCUGCGAAUUUCUCCCUCUAACAGCAAUCUCCCACUUCUUCCUUAAGUUUUUGUCCUUAGGAAAUCUUCAAAAUGAAACAGGAGAUCACCACAAAGAAAUCUUUAAUAAAACAGAGCUCACUUUCUUCCUUCUUCUUUCUAUUUUAUUUCUUAACGUUUCUUAGAACCUCUCUCAAACAAAAGUUUUUCAAUCUAAUGCAAAUCUGUUGAUAAUAGAGCAAAGUUGCUAUUAUUGUGAGUAAGCUAGCUGUUCACAAAUGCUGUUUCCUUUUUGGAGUUGACCGAUAGUCUUCCACUUUGGCCUACAAAUGACUCUACAGUCAAGUGUAAUGUUGAAAAAACGUUUAAUCAUACCUGUGAGAAGUUAUUCCUUGAGCCCUGUUCUCUGCUGUCCGUCUGUUGGCACAGGAAUACGCCGCACAGUGCUCCGGCAUCGCUGAAUGAAUGAAUGAAUGAAUAUGAUUGACCGGAGCGUAUGGGAAGCUUGACCUGACCAAGAUGGCGGCCGCAUUUCUCGCUGCGCAGCACCCCCAGCGGGGUCUAUCCUUUUAUUAUGUCUAUGAUAACUAUAACUAAACAUAUGAUGCAAUAUUGUUGACCUCUAAAAACAAGACUUACAAUGGUUCUCAAAAUAAAAACUGAAACGAGUCGAGAGGAAAUUGUUUAGCCGCGUCGCUGUUGUUUUCUGUUUCCUCGGCUGUGAAUCGCCCUGCUCAGACUCGCGGUAGUUUGAGACGCAGUGGACAAAGACGUUUUUGGGUGAGUUGGAGUCAUGGCCGGUUGGACACACUUCAAUUACAAAAGAAACAAAACGGAAUGUGUCGUGGAGAAAGAUGGGGAGAAAUGCGGCCAUAAAAUAGCUAUCUCAAGGCCUUCCAUGCUGAACUCGAGGUAAAUUAAGUUUGUGAGGUAACAAUAAUAUAAUGACAAGAUAACCAUGUUUGAUUUGUGGUAUGGUUUUAUCUAUUGUAUACUAUACUAGGUAAUUCCAAACUGGGUUAAACAGAAUUACAUUACUAAAAGGAGACUGAAACUAGACUGAGAUGUCAUCAGUUUUUGUCGACUAAAACUAGGCAUAAAAUAGUCAGAGGUUAUUCUGACUAAAGCGCUCAGUUUUAGUCGACUAAAACUUGACUGAACAAAAAUGAGUUUGGACGUGACUAAAACAAAAAUAAACUUAAAAUGAAAGUUUGACAAAGACUAGACUAAAACUAAAAUUAAAACAAAACAACACUCAUUUGAAUGUGUUUCUGUUUCAGGAUGAACGGUGCGCUCACUAAGAAUCAUGAGGAGGAUGUAGGAAACAGAACUUCUGUGUAUGUUCACACAGCUCACGCCAUCACCACAUCUAGGUAUUUACUGCGAAAGUACGGGUAUACAAAUCCCCCUGCUGACAAGGUAUCCAAACUUUGAUGAAAACAGAAUAACACUGUAAUUGUCUUAACUCCUGCACUCAUCCUUCAUCAUUUUACUUUGGCAGGGAAUAAAAUAUGUGAUGAUUCCUGAGGCGAUGAGGGAUUUUCAGUGGCUCGUCGGUCUUCUUAAAAGAGAGAGGGUUGCUGCUGGACAGUAUCGUAACAAUAGGUGAGUAUCAGCUCUUACAGUAUUAUCAGAUUGUGCACACACCAAAACAUGCUUCGUGUAUCUCAUGUUGGGGACUUAUUGGAUUGGGCUUUAAAGUUGUCAUCUUGUUUAUGGAAAAGUUAAAUAGCUGCACUUUCUUCAGGUAGAAAUCUUCUAUCCACUGAGUAAGAACAUAAGGGUUUGGCAGUCUGCUCACGCUCAGGUCUUCAAGUAAUACGCCCUGUCUCAAAGAGUCACCUCACAUAUUCAGAAUUUUUACUUUGUUUUUCUUACAUAAUAAAUGCAACAAACUCAGGGCUGUGCCUUUCCACAGAGACAUGAAUGUCUAAUUUCUAAAAUUAGUUUAAAGACGUCUCUUGAUUUUUGUUUUCGAACCCUCCAGGCCAUGGACAUACUACAGCAACCAAUUCAACGAAAGCCGCUUUUACGUUCUGCACCAGGACUUCCUCAGAUACGUGCGAAACAGGUUAAGUUCUUGAUCAUCACACUCAACUUUUUUUUAUGGUUUGUAUCAGUGUUAGUGUAACAGCUUUCCUAUGCUGUUAGUUGUGGCGAACACCUUUUGCUUCAGUUGACGCGUGCCCGUAGGUGAAAUAAUGUCACAUGUCCAUAUCUUCUGUUGUUUUGUUUUAUUUACUCAUUCAUCAUUUCACGCAAGACAAAGACACAAGACCACUCCACACGGUCAAAAACUGUUUGGCUUCCCAGGUGUGCGCACCUGUCCCAAUCAACCCACCUAUUAAAUAGACAGGCACGACAGCACCAUCUGUUGGCACAAAAAACACACAGCAACAAACUGCAAAAGCCCAAUCUGGCUCCUACAGUUAGUGUAAGAAGUUGAAAAAGAUAACAAACAAAACUAAUCAAGUAUCCUACAUUAAAUGCAUUAUUUUCUGUGUGUUUAAUGCCCACAGAUUUUUGAAGUCUCCCAAUCUGAACAAGGGUUUCUGGAGGUUAGUCAGACCAACCAACGGGGCUUUUGCUCUUUUCGUGGCUCUACAUACAUGUGACAUCGUAAGUUAUCUCCAAUUCUUUAAGGUCUUCAAAACGCCAUCAACCAUAUCAUCUGUAAAUAAUAACUCAUUUAAACUUUUACUCCACAAAUUAAAAGUUUACUUUCUUGAUAAGUGGGGUGAAAGAUACAAUAAAACAGGUUUUGAUCCAGAUGCAGGUGUGCUAUCACUUUUCUCUUUUGUAUAAAACUAUAAAAACUUUUUCAUUAAGGUCAUGGUACAAGCCAAAAGAAGAGAGCAAUUAUUGGAGUUUUUCAAAUGUAUACUGUUCCAUUUUUUUAUUGUAGGGUACUAGUAUUAAUAAUUAUUAAUUAUUAUAAUCUCUGAAGACUCUUAUCAUAAUGUACACACCGCGGCAGUGGUCCCAGUGGCCCUUUCAAAAUCUCCUAAAGGGAAUUUUCUAGUCUUGAUUUGUUCCUGUUGAAAUUUGAAUUGUUGCUCUAAAAACUCUGUUUUUUAUGUGUCAGAUGAAACUUUUUUAAGGUAGAUCUGUUUUUGUCAUCCCCAGGUGUCCGCAUACGGGUUCAUAACUGACGACCACAGCAAGUACAACAACUACUACUAUGAUAAAGGCACCAAAACCCAUGUCAUUUUCUACAGCAACCAUGACUACAACUUGGAGAAGGAUACCUGGAAAAAGCUGCACAACACCAAAAUAAUGAAACUUUAUCAAAAUCAGUGACAUAUAUAUAAAUGUGUGUGUAUAUGUACAUAUAAGCUCCGUUUUAAUCGUUUGUGCCUUAUAAAUCUAAAUAAGUGUAUUCACUUUUUACUGUGUGACUUUGAAUCUGGAUUUUCAACAGACUUUGGGGAUUUUUUUUAGGAUGUGGGAGUUUUGAAGCUUUGGCUAUGUGCCUGUGUAUUACAACAAAAGCAAGAAGGGAAAUUUAAGUUUGAUUAUGUGAGGGUCAUCUGUUGACAUUUGUGAUUUUUUUCUUUAUUCUGGUUUCAUGUUCUUUUGUAUUUACCAUAUUAUGUAACCCCGCUGAUGUCUAAAUCUUUGAUGGAAAUGAAAAACUUUGAAUUUUUUAAUUAAUUGGUGUUUAGUGUUUUAAAAAACUACUAACUGCAACUCUUGUUUUCUUCACAAUACCUGAAUUUAAGGAGAAAAAUCUGCUGCAUAAUUAGAGCUAUGAAGGUUUAUCUAAGAUGCAGGAAUGUUUGAUGCACUUUCAAAAGGAGAGGAAAACAGUGUUCAACCAGUAGGUGGCACUAUUACUCUUAAAAAGCUUAUAGUAAUGGACCAGUUUCUGACAACAACCACCAACCCUGUAACAUUGAAAGCACAGUGUUGAGUAUUUAGAAAAAAGACGUUUCUCCUGAGAAAGAAAGAGAAGAGAACAAUGAAGGGCACAGUUUUACUGUGAGCUAAAAUGGGUUUGUGUGUAAACCGUGUCCAAAGGAGAUGAAAAAUGCCCAUGUUUCACGGUGGGACACGUAACAUCAUCUUUGACAGUGUGAUGACACACUGGUUCAAUUUCCAGUUGUUAUAGUCAGUACUCUGGCUGUUGGUGUGUGGUGUGCUGUGUUGGCCCUGUCCUUACCCACCACAUAUGAUAACACCAACCAACCAACCAACAACAACAACAACAACCACUAACAACCACAACAACAACAAUCACCAACAACAAUCACCAACAACAACCAACAACCACCAACAACCACCAACAACAACCAUUACCAACAACCACUAACAAUCAACAACAAUCAACAAUAACAACCAACAAAAACAAACAACAACCGCCAACAAUCAAAGACAACAACCAACAACCACCACCAACCAACAACCACCGACAACCGACAACAACUAACAACACCAACCAACAACAACGAAGUGCUUUCCAUAAAAUUGCUGUACAGGCAGUAAAAUCAAACAGAGUAAAAUACAAUUGUAGUGCCUGGCAACUCAAAUUGUGAGUACGCGUGCAACUAUGCGUGAUGACGUCAGAGUACGUGACAGGUAUGGAAGAGGGAAGAGAAGUUAUUAAAGAGUGUGAUGACUGUUGGAGUGAGUACAAGAAUUAAUGUUAAGAAGAAGUGAGAAACAUUACAACAAUCAUGACACAUGGCAAAGGUUAAACAAGUGGAUCUUGAGCUUUGCUUUAAAAGCAUCCACAGAACAUUCUAGGCUUAUUUCCACAGGAAAAUUAUUGCACAGCUUUGGUGCCAGAAAAGAAGCUCACUCAACAACAGUCCUUUCCUUGACCUUAGGAACAACCAAAAGGCCAGUCCCUGAGAUCUGAGGAUACAGGAAGGUGUAUAAAUGGUGAAAAGAUCUUCUAGAUUAGAAGGUACAAUUCCAUGAACAGUUUUAUAAGUCAGAGCAUAUGUAGCAUGUGUGACAUACAAUAUAUGUUGCACUGUACAGCCCUGUUAGAUAAGGUAGCAAACCUCAUACAACCUAACUAGUUCUAUAUAAUUAGCUGAGAGGUGGAGUUGACAGUAGAUAAGGACAUUCACACAAGGACAGCAUCAUUGUUAGAAUGAUUGACAGGGUGUCAAACCACGCCAGAAGGUUUUUGUCCAUUUAUGAAAACCCUGUGAACCUUUUUAUUCAAAUCGUUUAAUGUCUUAACUGCUCAGCUCACACUGUCCCAUGUACCAGCCCUGAAAGUUCAACUGCAAUUUAAGUUAAUUUAAACAGACAAAAAUAUGAAACUGCUCAACUUCAAUGGUAUAUAGACGCAAAGAAAGAAUCAUCAGGCCACCUAUUUCACAAACCUUUAUCUUAGCUGACACUCGGGUUGUUAGGUGUUUAGGAUAUCCCAGUCUUUAGUUGACCUGUCCCAACUUUUUGGGAACACGUUGCAGGCAUCAAACUCAAAAUGAAUGACUUUUUAAAAAAAGAAAUAAAGAUUAUCAGUUUCAACAUUGAUAGAUUGAAUAAAUUGAAUGUCUUGUCUCUGUAAUAUAUUAAAUAGAAAAUAGGUGGAAAAGGAUUUGCAAAUCAUUGUAUUCUGUUUUUAUUCUUGUUUUGCACAACAUUCCAGCUUCAUUGGAAUUUUUUGUUGUUUUUUUUAGCAUUUUAUGACCCUUUUGGGCUGGUAUUCCAGUGAUGUAAAGUUAGACACAGUAAAAGGUGUUACUUCUUACUCAGCUAGGCCGACACGAAAUGACCUGAAAGUUGUGCCUUUAUAAAAAAUGUUUGGGGCUAGCUGUUAGCACCCACUGAGCCCACCUCCCUGAAAAAGACGUGGUCUGGAUGGCAGCACAUGUUGCUCCUAAACCUUUAUGUACCAUAGACUGUAUGUAUCAUGGACAACUUUGCUCCGCCUUCCGUCACUAUGCGAAUUUUAAUCCAAAAUGCUCUUGCUCGCCCAUAGGCUAAAUCGAGUGUCAAUCAUACAAAACAUGAACCCCUAAUAACUUAUAAAAAUGGAGCUGCACAAGAAAAAGAGGACUUGAGCACAAACCAGUCUUACAAUCACUUAAUGUCAAUAUCGCAACCAGGGAGGAGAACAAUUUGUAGUCUGUGUAAUUAAUUUCUCAAGUUUGUCUACAACUCCAUAAGGAUUGCUGGAGGAGGCAGGGUUUAUGACCUAUACUGCAACCAGUCACCAGGGGGUGCUGUUCUCACAGAGGUUAAUAACAUACACAGUGCUUCUCAACCAUUUUUAAAUCACAUUUCACAAAUUAUGUUCACAUUACCUCAUUAAGUCUCACAGCAAUGGUCAGUAUUGACAUUUACAACUUUAAAAAUGUUGGAUAAACACUGAGUUUUUGGCAGAAGCAGCAGAUCUGUAGACGCAACCCUUAGAUUUGAUGUUUUAGAAGUAUUACACUUGUGUUACUUCAUCUCUCUUUCCCCUUUUGUAUCUUUUAUACUUGAUAUAUGAGAUAUGAUAUGUGAUAUGAGAUGAUACUCUCAGAACUGCACUAAUAAAAGGAGCAUAUUUGUCCACAUCUACUCAGCACAAAUUAACGUAAGCAGAAAAACCGGAAUAGUUGUUCGAGGCAGGUAUGUGGCAGGUGGUUCAACAUUCUCACAGUAUAAAAAGCAGGAGGAGAGAAAACUGCCACCACACCCUGCAUGCAACUCAGUGUCUAAGCCUCAGGUUUUCAGUGAUGGUGCACAAAAGUUUAGAGAUUCUGAAAUUUAUUUGUUUGAUCACAUGGACCAUUAUAUUUGUCGUCAUUUUAUGGGGAGUUUUCUCAGAAAACUUGAGGUAAGUUCUUUUUAUAAUCAGAGAAUGUGCUUAUUCUAUCUAUGAUAUUUUCUAGCAUGUUUAUUGCACUUUCUGCCAGAUAAACCUCUGUGUAAGCAGAUUUAAGGGUUUUUAACCAAAGGGAAACACCCUCACACUGUUCAACUUGCAGAGAGAGGAAUAAUUUAUUUGCAACUUACUAGACCUUCAUCAGGCAAAUUAUAGAUGUGUGAUGUUACCUCUCCGAGGGUAUUUUAACCCACAUUGUCUUGCUGUCUUGUUCAGCUGGCCUCCCUUCCUAGGAUACGAGUACAAAGAUCUAUUGAAGGCGUUGAAUGCAAGAGUCAACUUGAUAUCACAACUUGACGGGUUUAAUGCAACAACAGUCGGAGUCACCUCACCUGAUGCUGAGACUCCCAUGCCUCCUCUCGACAUCAAGUCAUUCAAGAAGUAUCCUGUUUGGGAUUUUGAGGACAUCUAUAACCAGGAUGCUCCCCCCAGAAAGACAGUAAGCAUGAUGAACAAGGACUGAGUUGUUUUAAAGGGUUUAACAGUGUGGGAGUGGAUAAUCAUAGCUGCUGCUUAUUUACACAGUGUUCAGUUGUCUUCCUUCAUGGUUGUUAAAACUUGUUCUACAGACAGUUUGCACAAAUAUUUUGGUGAUUGUCAAUCUUUAAUCCCUGGUGUCUUUCCCUCUGUUUUGAUAAUGCUACUGUCAACCCCCCUUUAAUAAGUAAACCUUCCCUUGAUCUGAAUAAGUCAUCUCAGACCAAUCUCAAAGUUCAUGUUUUUAGCAAGUUCUGAUGUACAUGGUUAGAAUCAAAUCUUCAACUUUGCUUUUUGUUUUAUAAAUUAAUAUGUUAUUUUACAUCUCAGACCUGUGCCCAGUCUCUGCGAAACUCCCAGGAUGAGAGCUUCAAGAAGGCUUUCCUUCCCAACAUUCGGCUGUAUCUCCACAAAGACAACUUCAACAUGAGCGAGUGGAACCGACUCUCACAUUUUAACAAUCCAUUUGGUUUUAUGAGUUACGAAUAUAAAGGUAAUAUAACUUUGUUUGUAUUAUAACCUUAACUUCAUCUUUACAGAUAUUUUCAGAAAAUUUCAUGAGACAUAAGCUGUCAAGUGCUAACAAGAUCCAUGGAGGUCAUUAAGGCUCUUGUUGUUUGAUUAUUGUGUCUUCAUUUAGCAUGUUUUUGUUCCUGUUUUGGUUUGCAGAUGUGAUAGAGGCGAUUAAGUUGAUUCCAGAACCAAAAGAGCCACUAUUCCCCCCAAAGCUAGGAGGUGAUGGGUGUGUGCGAUGUGCUGUGGUGGGCACAGGGGGAAUCCUGAACGGCUCCAAAAAGGGGAAAGAAAUCGAUGAUCAUGAUUAUGUUAUCCGGUAAGUAAUGAAAAGAGAAUCAUUUCUGCUUAUUAGGGGCUAUUUUGCUGAAAAAAGGCUUCAAACCAUUUUAUUAUUUGGAUCAGUUUUUGUUGGUAUAGUGCCAGUCUGUGAGUGAUAUUAUCUCAAGACACUUUUGUUUGUUAUUCACAAACCAUAACAAAGAACUCAUUCACAUUUGACAGCUAUCAGUGGCAACUGCAUGCAGUGGAAAAACUUAUCAGAAUGUAGAAGUCAACUAUGAAGUAGGCUGGUAUGGUACUGUUUGUUUGUUUUUUGCCUCCCUCGAUUGCACUGUGUCAUCUUUACUCUCCUGGAAGUACAACAAAGUAAACCGCUCAGAAAAUCUCCAAUUGAAGCUGAUGAUACUUGAAAUGUUGAUCUGUGGGGAAAGCUCUUAUAUUUAAACGUGUUUCUGUUUCAGGAUGAACGGUGCACUCACUAAGAAUCAUGAGGAGGAUGUAGGAAACAGAACUUCUGUGUAUGUUCACACAGCUCACGCCAUCACCACAUCUAGGUAUUUACUGCGCAAGGACGGAUAUACAAAUCCCCCUGCUGACAAGGUAUCCAAACUUUGAUGAAAACAGAUUAACACUGUAAUUGUCUUAACUCCUGCACUCAUCCUUCAUCAUUUUACUUUGGCAGGGAAUAAAAUAUGUGAUGAUUCCUGAGGGGAUGAGGGAUUUUCAGUGGCUCGUCGGUCUUCUUAAAAGAGAGAGGGUUGCUGCUGGACAGUAUCGUAACUAUAGGUGAGUAUCACACAUUAAAACAUGCUUCGUGUCUCUCAUGUUGGGGACUUAUUGGAUUGGGCUUUAAAGUUGUCAUCUUGUUUAUGGAAAAGUUAAAUAGCUGCACUUUCUUCAGGUAGAAAUCUUCUAUCCACUGAGUAAGAACAUAAGGGUUUGGCAGUCUGCUCACGCUCAGGUCCUCAAGUAAUACGCCCUCUCUCAAAGAGUCACCUCACAUAUUCAGAAUUUUUACUUUGUUCUUCUUACAUAAUAUAUGCAACAAACUCAGGGCUGUGCCUUUCCACAGAGACAUGAAUGUCUCAUUUCUAAAAAUAGUUUAAAGACAUCUCUUGAUUUUUGUUUUUGAACCCUCCAGGCCAUGGACGUACUACAGCAACCAAUUCAACGAAAGCCGCUUUUACGUUCUGCACCCGGACUUCCUCAGAUACGUGCGAAACAGGUUAAGUUCUUGAUCAUCACACUCACCUUUUUUUUAUGGUUUGUAUUAGUGUUAGUGUAAGAAGUUGAAAAAGAUAACAAACAAAACUAAUCAAGUAUCCUACAUUAAAUGCAUUAUUUUCUGUGUUUUUAAUGCCCACAGAUUUUUGAAGUCUCCUGCCUUGAAUAGGGGUUACUGGAGAAUAGUCAGACCAACCAACGGGGCUUUUGCUCUUUUCGUGGCUGUACAUACAUGUGACAUCGUAAGUUAUCUCCAAUUCUUAAAAGUCUUCAAAAUGCCAUCAACCAUAUCAUCUGUAAAUAAUAACUCAUUUAAACUUUUACUCCACAAAUUAAAAAUUUACUUUCUUGAUAAGUGGGGUGAAAGAAGUGAUACUGUGAAUUGGGGGAGUAGAAAAUUCUGAACUCAAGCAAAUCAUUCGGGGUGCGAUGGCCAAUCAGCAUGAAGAUUCUUUGGUUACACGUCAACAGCGGAUUCAUGCAUCUGGAAAACUGAGGAUUAACUGAUCACAGUAUCUGGCUACCUUGCCAGUGAGCACAUAACAUUGAGGCAUCCAGAUACAUGUGAAUUAAGUAAAAACAUGAUUUUAUUAGUGUCUGGUGUGAACACCCAACAACCCCGUAGAAGACUACCAAUACAUUUAAAGCUACCAUGAGGAGUUUUUGGACAUAAAUAAAAUAAAAUGAAAUCUGUUAUAAUGCUUUUUCCUGAAAUCUAAAAGCUAACAAGACGAUUAGAAACAAGAUUGACUGUUUCUGUACAAUUUUUAAUACCUGAAACUGUUACAAGAGAGGUAGGUGUCAGCUACUAGCUGGAGCAACAAUCUCGUUUUUACACUUUCCACAUAAAUAAUCACAGUAAAUCAUACAUUGGACAUCAUCAAAAGUCAGGAUAGGAUGAGAUUUUUUUGUCAUUGGACACUACUUAGACUGCCUUGUACAGAAAGAGCACUAUAGUUUACACAAACCAAAAGUUCCUCACAGGAGCUUUAAUAUUUCGUUUAAGUAAAAAAAAAAAAAUGUGUAUAAAACAAGAUGUUCAGAUGUACUCAUUCUCCAGUAAUUAGGGCCUCAGGUUAAAGCCCUUUGUCCAAACCUGUAGGACAAAUUAUACAACAAAACAUGUGGUUUGAUCCAGAUCCAGGUGUGCUAUCACUUUUCUCUUUUGUAUAAAACUAUGAAAAAUUUUGCAUUAAGGUCAUGGUACAAGCCAAAAAAGAGAGCAAUUAUUGGAGUUUUUCAAACGUAUACUGUUCCAUUUUUUUAUUGUAUAAAUAAUAACUUGAAAAAGGACUCUUUUUGUAGGUCUUCUCCCUGUAUAUAAUAUCACAAGGCUACUAGUAUUAAUUAUUAUAAUCUCUGAAGACUCUUAUCAUAAUGUACACACCGCGGCAGUGGUCCCAGUGGCCCUUUCAAAAUCUCCUAAAGGGAAUUUUCUAGUCUUGAUUUGUUCCUGUUGAAAUUUGAAUUGUUGCUCUAAAAACUCUGUUUUUUAUGUGUCAGAUGAAACUUUUUUAAGGUAGAUCUGUUUUUGUCAUCCCCAGGUGUCUGCGUACGGGUUCAUAACUGACGACCACAGCAAGUACAACAACUACUACUAUGAUAAAGGCACCAAAACCCAUGUCAUUUUCUACAGCAACCAUGACUACAACUUGGAGAAGGAUACCUGGAAAAAGCUGCACAACACCAAAAUAAUGAAACUUUAUCAAAAUCAGUGACAUAUAUAUAAAUGUGUGUGUAUAUAUACAUAUAAGCUCCGUUUUAAUCGUUUGUGCCUUAUAAAUCUAAAUAAGUGAAUUCACUUUUUACUGUGUGACUCUGAAUCUGGAUUUUUAACAGACUUUGGGGAUUUUUUUUAGGAUGUGGGAGUUUUGAAGCUUUGGCUAUGUGCCUGUGUAUUACAACAAAAACAAGAAGGGAAAUUUAAGUUUGAUUAUGUGAGGGUCAUCUGUUGACAUUUGUGAUUUUUUUCUUUAUUUUGGUUUCAUGUUCUUUUGUAUUUAUCAUAUUAUGUAACCCCACUGAUGUCUAAAUCUUUGAUGGAAAUGAAAAACUUUGAAUUUUUAAAUUAAUUGGUGUUUAGUGUUUAAAAAAACUACUAACUGCAACUCUUGUAUUCUUCACAAUACCUGAAUUUAAAGAGAAAAAUCUGCUGCAUAAUUAGAGCUAUGAAGGUUUAUCUAAGAUGCAGGAAUGUGUGAUGCACUUUCAAAAGGAGAGCAAAGGAGUGUUCAACCAGUAGGUGGCACUAUUACUCUUAAAAAGCUUAUAGUAAUGGACCAGUUUCUGACAACAACCAUCAACCCUGUAACAUUGAAAGCACAGUGUUGAGUAUUUAGAAAAAAGACGUUUCUCCUGAGAAAGAAAGAGAAGAGAACAAUGAAGGGCACAGUUUUACUAUGAGCUAAAAUGGGUUUGUGUGUAAACCGUGUCCAAAGGAGAUGAAAAAUGUCCAUGUUUCACGGUGGGACACGUAACAUCAUCUUUGACAGUGUGAUGACACACUGGUUCAAUUUCCAGUUGUUAUAGUCAGUACUCUGGCUGUUGGUGUGUGGUGUGCUGUGUUGGCCCUGUCCUUACCCACCACAUAUGAUAACACCAAUCAACAACAACCACUAACAACCAACAACAACCGACAACAACCGACAACCAACAACAAUCACCAACAACAACCACUAACAAUCAACAACAACCAACAACAAUCAACAAUAACAACCAACAACCACCAACAAUCAAAACCAACAACCACCACCAACCAACAACCACCGACAACAACUAACAACACCAACCAACAACAACGAAGUGCUUUCCAUAAAAUUGCUGUACAGGCAGUAAAAGCAAACAGAGUAAUAUACAAUUGUAGUGUCUGGCAACUCAAAUUGUGAGUACGCGUGCAACUAUGCGUGAUGACAUCAGAGUACGUGACACGUAUGGAAGAGGGAAGAGAAGUUAUUAAAGAGUGUGAUGACUGUCGGAGUAAGUGCAAGAAUUAAAGUUAAGAAGAAGUGAGAAACAUUACAACAAUCAUGACACAUGGCAAAGGUUAAACAAGUUGAUAAGGUAGCAAACCUCAUACAACCUAACUAGUUCUAUAUAAUGAGCUGAGAGGUGGAGUUGACAGUAGAUAAGGACAUUCACACAAGGACAGCAUCAUUGUUAGAAUGAUUGACAGGGUGUCAAACCACGCCAGAAGGUUAUUGUCCAUUUAUGAAAACCCUGUGAACCUUUUUAUUCAAAUCGUUUAAUGUCUUAACUGCUCAGCUCACACUGUCCCAUGUACCAGCCCUGAAAGUUCAACUGCAAUUUAAGUUAAUUUAAACAGACAAAAAUAUGAAACUGCUCAACUUCAAUGGUAUAUAGACGCAAAGAAAGAAUCAUCAGGCCACCUAUUUCACAAACCUUUAUCUUAGCUGACACUCGGGAUGUUAGGUGUUUAGGAUAUCCCAGUCUUUAGUUGACCUGUCCCAACUUUUUGGAAACACGUUGCAGGCAUCAAACUCAAAAUGAAUGAAUCUUUUAAAAAAAGAAAUAAAUAUUAUCAGUUUCAACAUUGAUAGACUGAAUAAAUUGAAUGUCUUGUCUCUGUAAUAUAUUAAAUAAAAUAGGUGGAAAAGGAUUUGCAAAUCAUUGUAUUCUGUUUUUAUUGUUGUUUUACACAACAUUCCAGUUUCAUUGAAAUUGUUUUUUUUUUUUUUGUUUUUUUUUGUUUUUGUUGUUUUUAGCAUUUUAUUAACCUUUUGGGCUGGUAUUCCAGUGAUGUAAAGUUAGACACAGUUAAAGGUGUUACUUUUUACUCCUUUAAACCCGUUGCUAGACAUAGACAUGCUUUUCCUUUUGCCUGACAGCAAGUGGUCAUACUCAAGAUACAGCAUGUUUGAGGGGCCUCAUGUCAUUUUAAUUUGCCUGGAAAGUCUGGAAAUCAAUCCUACAUAAUUGAAGGGACCGCUUUUCUUUCAUAGCUAUUUUCUUUACAUGACUGAUUUCUGAAUUUAAGCUGUGAUAUGAGAUGAUACUCUCCAGAACUGCACUGAUAAAAGGAGCAUAUUUGUCCACACAUACUCAGCACAAAUAAACAUGAGCAGAAAAACCGGAAUAGUUGUUGGUGGCAGGUAUGUGGCAGGUGGUUCAAUAUCCUCACGGUAUAAAAUGCGAGAGGAGAGAAAACUGCCACCACACCCUGCAUGCAACUCAGCCUCAGGUUUUCAGUGAUGGCGCACAGUAGCUCAGAGAUUUUGAAAUUUAUUUGUUUGAUCAUAUGGGCCCUUAUAAUUAUCGGUAUGUCUUGGGCAGUUUUCUCAGGAAACUUGUAGUAAGUUAUUUUUAUAUUCAGAGAAUGUGCUUUUUUCAUUUGUGAUCUUUUCUAGCAUGUUUACUGCACUUUCUACCAGAUAAAUGUCUGUGUAAGCAGAUUUAAGGGUAUUUUAACCCACAUUGUCUUACUGUCUUGUUCAGCUGGCCUUCCUUCCUAGGAUACAAGUACAGAGGCAAAGGCUUCAAUUUCGGGGGUCUAUUGAAGUCGUGGAAUACAAGAUUCAACUUAGUAUCACAACUUGACGGGUUUGCUGCAACGACAGUCGGAGCCACCUCACCUGAUGCUGAGACUCCCAUGCCUCCUCUCGACAUCGAGUCAUUCAAGAAGUAUCCUGUUUGGGAUUUUGAGGACAUCUAUAACCAGGAUGCUCCCCCCAGAAAGACAGUAAGCAUGAUGAACAAGGACUGAGUUGUUUUAAAGGGUUUAACAGUGUGGGAGUGGAUAAUCAUAGCUGCUGCUUAUUUACACAGCGUUCGGUAGUCUUCCUUCAUGGUUGUUAAAACUUGUUCUACAGACAGUUUGCACGAAUAUUUUGGUGAUUGUCAAUCUUUAAUCCCCGGUGUCUUUCCCUCUGUUUAUAUAAUGCUACUGUCAACCCCCCUUUAUUAAGUAAACCUCCCUGUGAUCUGAAUGUUUGAAGUCAUUUCAGACCAAUCUCAAAGUUCAUGUUUUUAUGACUCACUGCAGAAUAAUCUGACUCCACUCCCACUGGGUCAGAUUGGUCAAUACAAUAUUCGAUUGCUAUGCUGAUGACACUCAGCUAUAUAUCCCACUAAAGACCAGCAGUACUGAUGUCUCCAAGUCUUAAUCUCUCUCUAAACCUGAACUAAAACUCAUCCUUGAGCCUUUUACUGAAUCAAGUGUAUUAAUAACAUGAUUACUUGCAUGGAUUUUCUGAUUACAAAUACUUCAACACUGUCUUAAUCUAGCCUAUGUAUUUUCCAGGAUUUAUGGGCUGUUUCUUCCCCUGCUUCAAAUGUCCUCUGAAUUAAAAGUUUCAGACAGAUGUACACGGUUAGAAUUUUGUUUCAUCAACUGAUAUUUUGUCCCACACUCUCAGACCUGUGCCCAGUCUGUGCGAAACUCCCAGGAUGAGAGCUUCAAGAAGGCUUUCCUUCCCAACAUUCGACUGUAUCUCCACAAAGACAACUUCAACAUGAGCGAGUGGAACCGGCUCUCACACUUUAACAGUCCAUUUGGUUUCAUGGGUUUCCAUUAUAAAGGUAAGAGUUUGUGUUACAUACACACUCUUAAAGACCCACUCCGAUAAAAAUCAUGUUUGUCUUGUUUUUUUUUUUUUUACAUGUUCUGAACAUUACUGGUUGAUUUAUGGUCUGAGUCUCAGACUGAUGUUUUUUAUCUUUUUUUUUUUUUUUUUUUACAAAGUUUUAUUUUGAAAUGGUUCUCUCAUUCAACGCAAUGUUUUGAUAAAGUGUGUGCUGCUCUCUCUCUCUCUCUCUCUCUCUCUCUCUCUCUCUCUCUCUCUCUCUGAACAGUGACUUGUUUGUUAUUUUGAUUUAUUGUGUCAGUUGGAAAUCUAGUCAAACGUGGUUAUAGAGUGAAGAAACACGGCGGAUGACAGUCAAUGUGUAUUCUAGCUAUGUUUUAGACGUCCCUCUAAAUUUUUAUUUUUUGUUUACUAUUCUUGCUAUGGUUGCAUUUGUUGAGCUUCCCGUCAGCUCGCUUCCUGACUGGCCAUCUUCAGAGAUUUUUUGUCAGAAUUGUAUUGGUACAACCAUCUGACCUUUCCUAAAUGACCUGUCUCCUGGUGUGAUAUGUUUUUAAUAUUCCUUUUUCUUUUUAAAUCUUGCAAUCAUCACACAAUGAUUUAACUCAUUAUUAAUAUGUUAUUAUUUUUAAUAUCAUUAUUAUAAUAAUUAUUAUUGGGUCAUUAUUGUGUCUGUUUUUGUUCCUGUUUUGGUUUGCAGAUGUGAUAGAGGCGAUUAAGUUGAUUCCAGAACCAAAAGAGCCACUAUUCCCCCCAAAGCUAGGAGGUGAUGGGUGUGUGCGAUGUGCUGUGGUGGCCACUGGGGGAAUCCUGAACGGCUCCAAAAAGGGGAAAGAAAUCGAUGAUCAUGAUUAUGUUAUCCGGUAAGUAAUGAGAAGAGAAUCAUUUCUGCUUAUUAGGGGCUAUUUUGCUGAAAACAGGCUUCAAACCAUUUUAUUAUUUGGAUCAGUUUUUGUUGGUAUAGUGCCAGUCUGUGAGAGAUAUUAUCUCAAGACACUCUAUAAGAAAGUGCUUGCGGUUAUGUUAUUCACAAACCAUAACAAAGAACUCAUUCACAUUUGACAGCUAUCAGUGGCAACUACAUGGGGUGGAAAAACUUAUCAGAAUGUAGAAGUCAACUAUGAAGUAGGCUGGUAUGGUACUGUUUGUUUUUUUUUUGCCUCCCUCGAUUGCACUGUGUCAUCUUUACUCUCCUGGAAGUACAACAGAGUAAACCGCUCAGAAAAUCUCCAAUUGAAGCUGAUGAUACUUGAAAUGUUGAUCUGUGGGGAAAGCUCUUAUAUUUAAACGUGUUUCUGUUUCAGGAUGAAUGGUGCGCUCACUAAGAAUCAUGAGGAGGAUGUAGGAAACAGAACUUCUGUGUAUGUUCACACAGCUCACGCCAUCAUUGCAUCUAGUUAUUUACUGAGCAAGGACGGAAAACCCCCUGCUGACAAGGUAUCCAAACUUUGAUGAAAACAGCAAAAUACUUAAAUUGUCUGAACUCCUGCACUCAUCCUUCAUCAUUUUAUUUUGGCAGGGAAUAAAAUAUGUGAUGAUUCCUGAGGCGAUGAGGGAUUUUCAUUGGCUCACCGGUCUUAUGAAAAGAGAGAGGGUUGCUGCUGGACCGUAUCGUAACGAUAGGUGAGUAUCAGCUCUUAAAAUAUUAUCAGAUUGUGCACACACCAAAACAUGCUUCGUGUCUCUCAUGUUGGGGACAUAUUGGAUUGGGCUUUAAAGUUGUCAUCUUGUUUAUGGAAAAGUUAAAUAGCUGCACUUUCUUCAGGUAGAAAUCUUCUAUCCACUGAGUAAGAACAUAAGGGUUUGCCAGUCUGCUCACGCUCAGGUCCUCAAGUAAUACGCCCUCUCUCAAAGAGUCACCUCACAUAUUCAGAAUUUUUACUUUGUUCUUCUUACAUAAUAUAUGAAACGAACUCAGGGCUGUGCCUUUCCACAGAGACAUGAAUGUCUCAUUUAUAAAAUUAGAUUAAAGACAUCUCUUGAUUUUUGUUUUCGAACCCUCCAGGCCAUGGACGUACUACAGCAACCAAUUCAACGAAAGCCGCUUUUACGUUCUGCACCCGGACUUCCUCAGAUACGUGCGAAACAGGUUAAGUUCUUGAUCAUCACACUCAACUUUUUUUAUGGUUUGUAGUAAUCAGUGUUUGUGAAAUAAGUUGAAAAAGUUCAAUAACAAACAAAACUAAUCAGGUACCCUACAUUAAAUGCAUUAUUUUCUGUGUUUGUAAUGCCCACAGAUUUUUAAAGUCUCCUAAUCUGAACAAGGGUUUCUGGAGGAUAGUCAGACCAACCAACGGGGCUUUUGCUCUCUUCGUGGCUCUACAUACAUGUGACAUCGUAAGUUAUCUCCAAUUUCUAAUUUCUUUUUACUCCUCAUACACUUUUAAAUGUUGUUGUUCUAAAAACUCUUUUAUGUGUCAGGUGAAACUUUUUUAAGGUAGAUCUGUUUUUGUCAUCCCCAGGUGUCUGCAUACGGGUUCAUAACUGACGACUACAGCGAGUACAACAACUACUACUAUGAUGAAGGCACCAAAACCCAUGUCAUUUUCUAUAGCAACCAUGACUACAACUUGGAGAAGGAUGCCUGGAAAAAACUGCACAACACCAAAAUAAUGAAACUUUAUCAAAAUCUGUGA